AUGACCAACACAUUGAUAGAUAAUAUAAAAAGCAUUCCGCCGGUGACCCGGUUCUUUACUAUAUCAACUGUAUUAGCAUGCUUGGGAGUGACUACGUUUUCGGCGUUUCCUGCAUUAUACAUCAAUCUAGGCGAAUUAUUGAAUGAAUAUGUGUUAAUACGAGCCGUGUUCCGAUACGGGCUGUAUUUUGACAUUUUCAAGGUUGUUGCCACCAGUGUUCUCAGCUGGUACAGAUUUGUCACUUCUUUUUUGAUCCCACCGGGGAUCAUGUCCCCAAACAGAAUCAAUGCCUUAUUUGACGCCUAUUUCUUUUACACUUUUUCCAACCACUUGGAAGCACACGAGGGCAAAUUCAAUGGUAAUUUUCCUGACUACUUGUGGUUCAUUAUCUUGUGUGGGUCUUGUAUCCAGGUACUCAAUCUAACGUUGGAAGCUAUCACCGGAGACUCUUAUUUCCCGCACGAGAACUUACUUGCCUGUUUGACAUACGUCUGGUCAAGAAGUUUGAAGAACGCAAGAAUCAACUUGUUGGGCUUGGUCCCUAUAAAGGCGUAUUACUUGCCAUUGGGUAAUUUGAUUGUGAAACUCAUUCUCGGAGGUCCUGUGUCGCUCAUUGAUACCUUGGUGGGAAUUGUUAGUGGUUACUUGUACCUUUGCGUUCAGCUGAAUACGAUGCCAAUCUACAAUUUGUUACCAGGAGCUUAUGGAGUUACAAAGAAGAAGAGAUACGAUGAAGGCAGAAGAGUUGGGAUGACUCAUGUGGAUACCCCGUCGCACUUUGGUCAAUUUCAGGCUGACUACAUCGACGAUAGCAUAUACGACAAGGGUUAUUUAAAGGCCCCACAGUGGUUGUACAACUUUUUGUCAUAUCCAGCAAACACCUCUGUGAGGACUACGGCAUUUACUGCGGCUCCGGCUCCUGGUGGACCCCUAUCAAGAACUCAAGCCCAAAGACAAACGCCGGUUGGUAGUGCUACUACUGGGUAUUCUUGGUUUGGUGGAAACGGUACAGCUUUCAGAGGAAAAGGUCAUAGAUUGGGUGACUAA